AGAAUCCGCGCGUCAGGUUCUCCAACAGUCAGAAGGGCUUGUGUGAGGGCAGGGAAGAUUUUAAACCCCGUUUCAGGCCCCCUCCCUAGGCUGUAGGAAACCACCCACUCUGAAGCCCGGCGGGGGAGGAGUGCUGCAGCCAGCUGCCGAGGGAGCGCUCUGCGGCGAGGCCGUUUCCCUGAGUCACGGAGAGGGCGGGAGGCUGCGCCCGUCUGCCCCCGCCACGUCCUCCUGUAAGGGGCUCAGUCGAAACAGGCAGCGGUCGCAGGGAAAGGAAGCGGCACCCGUCAUGCCUCAAGGUGGCCCAAAAGCCUCUUCACUCCCAGGAGACGCCGCAUUUCCUUAAAACGAGCUCUCCAUUCUGGCAGCAAUCAGCCGACCCUUCCCCAUCAGUAUCACGUGCACCUGGAAGUACGUGGGUGGGACCUAAAGCGCCCACGGAAGUGACGUCGGUCGCCCCGAGUCGCAUGAUGUGGCAAAAUGAAAAAAAAAAAGUGGGGGGAGAAAAAGAAGACUGGCGAAAGUGAUAAGUCUAAAAAAGUAGUCCCUCCGGUUCCUCUGUUUCCCCCUAUGUGGCGUCAGGAAGCGAGGCACCGGGCGCACUGCGCCCCGAAUUCCUGCGCCCGCCGCGCGCGCCGCUCCGUGGAGGGGUACAUAAGGCGGAGGGGGUGAGGCGACUGGGCGGAGUUCUGUCGCCGGGAUCCUUCCGCUGGGCUCAGCCGUUUCCGGAGUCUGCGCUGCGCCCGGUUCCGCCAUUGCGGCUCUCCUGGCCCCUGGAGCCUCCGCCCCCGACCCGAGCUCUUUCGUCUGCCUGCCAGUUUCCUGCGUCCCCGGAGAGGAUCCUGCUGAGCCCAGCCUCCCCCCUCCCCUUCUCCUCCUCUCCCUUGGAGAGCCCGGGCAGCCACUGCCCCGCAGCCCCAGUGACAGGAGGAGACCAUAACCCCCGACAGCGCCAUGGCCCAGAUUCUGCCAAUUCGUUUUCAGGAGCAUCUCCAGCUCCAGAACCUGGGUAUCAACCCAGCAAACAUUGGCUUCAGUACCCUGACUAUGGAGUCUGACAAAUUCAUCUGCAUUAGAGAAAAAGUAGGAGAGCAGGCCCAGGUGGUAAUCAUUGAUAUGAAUGACCCAAGUAAUCCAAUUCGAAGACCAAUUUCAGCAGACAGCGCCAUCAUGAAUCCAGCUAGCAAAGUAAUUGCACUGAAAGCUGGGAAAACUCUUCAGAUUUUUAACAUUGAAAUGAAAAGUAAAAUGAAGGCUCAUACUAUGACUGAUGAUGUCACCUUUUGGAAAUGGAUCUCUUUGAAUACGGUUGCUCUUGUUACGGAUAAUGCAGUUUAUCACUGGAGUAUGGAAGGAGAGUCUCAGCCAGUGAAAAUGUUUGAUCGCCAUUCUAGCCUUGCAGGGUGCCAGAUUAUCAAUUACCGUACAGAUGCAAAACAAAAGUGGUUACUUCUGACUGGUAUAUCUGCACAGCAAAAUCGUGUGGUGGGAGCUAUGCAGCUAUAUUCUGUAGAUAGGAAAGUGUCUCAGCCCAUUGAAGGACAUGCAGCUAGCUUUGCACAGUUUAAGAUGGAAGGAAAUGCAGAAGAAUCAACGUUAUUUUGUUUUGCAGUUCGGGGCCAAGCUGGAGGGAAGUUACAUAUUAUUGAAGUUGGCACACCACCUACAGGGAACCAGCCCUUUCCAAAGAAGGCAGUGGAUGUCUUCUUUCCUCCAGAAGCACAAAAUGAUUUUCCUGUUGCAAUGCAGAUCAGUGAAAAGCAUGAUGUGGUGUUCUUGAUAACCAAGUAUGGUUAUAUCCACCUCUAUGAUCUUGAGACUGGUACCUGCAUCUACAUGAAUAGAAUCAGUGGAGAAACAAUUUUUGUUACUGCACCUCAUGAAGCCACAGCUGGAAUAAUUGGAGUAAACAGAAAGGGACAAGUUCUGUCAGUGUGUGUGGAAGAAGAAAACAUAAUUCCUUACAUCACCAAUGUUCUACAAAAUCCUGAUUUGGCUCUGAGAAUGGCUGUACGUAAUAACUUAGCCGGUGCUGAAGAACUCUUUGCCCGGAAAUUUAAUGCUCUUUUUGCCCAGGGAAAUUACUCGGAGGCAGCAAAGGUGGCUGCUAAUGCACCAAAGGGAAUUCUUCGUACUCCAGACACUAUCCGUCGGUUCCAGAGUGUCCCAGCCCAGCCAGGUCAAACUUCUCCUCUACUUCAGUACUUUGGUAUCCUUUUGGACCAGGGACAGCUCAACAAAUACGAAUCCUUAGAGCUUUGUAGGCCUGUACUUCAGCAAGGGCGAAAACAGCUUUUGGAGAAAUGGUUAAAAGAAGAUAAGCUGGAAUGUUCUGAAGAACUGGGUGAUCUUGUGAAAUCUGUGGACCCUACAUUGGCACUUAGUGUGUACCUAAGGGCUAACGUCCCAAAUAAAGUCAUUCAGUGCUUUGCAGAAACAGGUCAAGUCCAAAAGAUUGUUUUAUAUGCUAAAAAAGUUGGAUACACUCCAGAUUGGAUAUUUCUGCUGAGAAAUGUAAUGCGAAUCAGUCCAGAUCAGGGACAGCAGUUUGCCCAAAUGUUAGUUCAAGAUGAAGAGCCUCUUGCUGACAUCACACAGAUUGUAGAUGUCUUUAUGGAAUACAAUCUAAUUCAGCAGUGUACUGCAUUCUUGCUUGAUGCUCUGAAGAAUAAUCGCCCAUCUGAAGGUCCUUUACAGACGCGGUUACUUGAGAUGAACCUUAUGCAUGCGCCUCAAGUUGCAGAUGCUAUUCUAGGCAAUCAGAUGUUCACACAUUAUGACCGGGCUCAUAUUGCUCAACUGUGUGAAAAGGCUGGCCUACUGCAGCGUGCAUUAGAACAUUUCACUGAUUUAUAUGAUAUAAAACGUGCAGUGGUUCACACUCAUCUUCUUAACCCUGAGUGGUUAGUCAACUACUUUGGUUCCUUAUCAGUAGAAGACUCCCUAGAAUGUCUCAGAGCCAUGCUGUCUGCCAACAUCCGUCAGAAUCUGCAGAUUUGUGUUCAGGUGGCUUCUAAAUAUCAUGAACAACUGUCAACUCAGUCUCUGAUUGAACUUUUUGAAUCUUUCAAGAGUUUUGAAGGUCUCUUUUAUUUUCUGGGAUCCAUUGUUAACUUUAGCCAGGACCCAGAUGUGCACUUUAAAUAUAUUCAGGCAGCUUGCAAGACUGGGCAAAUCAAAGAAGUAGAAAGAAUCUGUAGAGAAAGCAACUGCUACGAUCCUGAGCGAGUCAAGAAUUUUCUUAAGGAAGCAAAACUAACAGAUCAGCUACCACUUAUCAUUGUGUGUGAUCGAUUUGACUUUGUCCAUGAUUUGGUGCUCUAUUUAUAUAGAAAUAAUCUUCAAAAGUAUAUAGAGAUAUAUGUACAGAAGGUGAAUCCAAGUCGACUUCCUGUAGUUAUUGGAGGAUUACUUGAUGUUGACUGUUCUGAAGAUGUCAUAAAAAACUUGAUUCUUGUUGUAAGAGGUCAAUUCUCUACUGAUGAGCUUGUUGCUGAGGUUGAAAAAAGAAACAGAUUGAAACUGCUUCUGCCUUGGCUAGAGGCCAGAAUUCAUGAGGGCUGUGAGGAGCCUGCUACUCACAAUGCCUUAGCCAAAAUCUACAUAGACAGUAAUAACAACCCGGAGAGAUUUCUUCGUGAAAAUCCCUACUAUGACAGUCGCGUUGUUGGAAAGUAUUGUGAGAAGAGAGAUCCACAUCUAGCCUGUGUUGCUUAUGAACGUGGCCAAUGUGAUCUGGAACUUAUUAAUGUUUGCAAUGAGAAUUCCCUCUUCAAAAGUCUUUCUCGCUACCUGGUACGUCGAAAGGAUCCAGAAUUGUGGGGCAGCGUGCUGCUGGAAAGCAAUCCUUACAGGAGACCCCUAAUUGACCAGGUUGUACAAACAGCUUUGUCUGAGACUCAGGACCCUGAAGAAGUGUCAGUAACUGUAAAGGCUUUCAUGACUGCAGACCUUCCUAAUGAACUCAUUGAACUGCUGGAGAAAAUUGUCCUUGAUAACUCUGUAUUCAGUGAACACAGGAAUCUGCAAAACCUCCUUAUCCUCACUGCAAUUAAGGCUGACCGUACACGUGUUAUGGAGUAUAUUAACCGCCUAGAUAAUUAUGAUGCCCCAGAUAUUGCCAAUAUCGCCAUCAGCAAUGAGCUGUUUGAAGAAGCAUUUGCCAUUUUCCGGAAAUUUGAUGUCAAUACUUCAGCAGUUCAGGUCUUAAUUGAGCAUAUUGGAAACUUGGAUCGGGCAUAUGAGUUUGCUGAACGUUGCAAUGAACCUGCGGUCUGGAGUCAACUUGCAAAAGCCCAGUUGCAGAAAGGAAUGGUGAAAGAAGCCAUUGAUUCUUAUAUCAAAGCAGAUGAUCCUUCCUCCUACAUGGAAGUUGUUCAGGCUGCCAAUACUAGUGGAAACUGGGAAGAACUGGUGAAGUACUUGCAGAUGGCCCGUAAGAAGGCUCGAGAGUCCUACGUGGAGACAGAACUGAUAUUCGCGCUGGCUAAAACAAACCGCCUUGCAGAGUUAGAAGAAUUUAUCAAUGGACCAAAUAAUGCUCAUAUCCAACAAGUUGGUGACCGUUGUUAUGAUGAAAAAAUGUAUGAUGCUGCUAAGUUGUUGUACAAUAAUGUUUCCAAUUUUGGACGUUUGGCAUCUACCCUGGUUCACCUGGGUGAAUAUCAGGCAGCUGUUGAUGGGGCUAGGAAAGCUAACAGUACUCGAACAUGGAAAGAGGUCUGCUUCGCCUGUGUAGAUGGGAAAGAAUUCCGUCUUGCUCAGAUGUGUGGACUUCAUAUUGUUGUACAUGCAGAUGAAUUAGAAGAACUUAUCAACUACUAUCAGGAUCGUGGCUAUUUUGAAGAGCUGAUCACCAUGUUGGAAGCAGCACUGGGACUUGAGCGAGCUCACAUGGGAAUGUUUACUGAAUUAGCUAUUCUAUACUCUAAAUUUAAGCCUCAGAAAAUGAGGGAGCACCUGGAGCUGUUCUGGUCUAGAGUGAAUAUUCCCAAGGUGCUAAGAGCUGCAGAACAAGCUCAUCUUUGGGCAGAACUGGUGUUUUUGUAUGACAAGUAUGAAGAAUAUGAUAAUGCCAUAAUUACCAUGAUGAAUCAUCCAACUGAUGCCUGGAAAGAAGGGCAAUUCAAAGAUAUCAUUACCAAGGUUGCCAAUGUGGAACUAUACUACAGAGCAAUACAGUUCUACUUAGAAUUCAAGCCUCUGUUGUUAAAUGAUUUGCUGAUGGUGCUGUCUCCACGGUUGGAUCACACUCGUGCAGUCAAUUAUUUCAGCAAGGUUAAACAGCUACCACUGGUGAAACCAUAUUUGCGUUCAGUUCAGAACCAUAACAACAAAUCUGUGAAUGAAUCAUUGAACAACCUUUUUAUUACAGAAGAAGAUUAUCAGGCUCUGCGAACAUCAAUAGAUGCUUAUGACAACUUUGACAAUAUCUCGCUUGCUCAGCGUUUGGAAAAACAUGAACUCAUUGAGUUCAGGAGAAUUGCUGCUUAUCUCUUCAAAGGCAACAAUCGCUGGAAACAGAGUGUAGAGCUGUGCAAGAAAGACAGCCUUUACAAGGAUGCAAUGCAGUAUGCUUCUGAAUCUAAAGAUACUGAAUUGGCUGAAGAACUCCUGCAGUGGUUUUUGCAGGAAGAAAAAAGAGAGUGCUUUGGAGCUUGUCUGUUUACCUGUUACGAUCUUUUAAGGCCAGAUGUCGUCCUAGAAACUGCAUGGAGGCACAAUAUCAUGGAUUUUGCCAUGCCCUAUUUCAUCCAGGUCAUGAAGGAAUACUUGACAAAGGUGGAUAAAUUAGAUGCUUCAGAAUCACUGAGAAAAGAAGAAGAACAAGCUACAGAGACACAACCCAUUGUUUAUGGUCAGCCCCAGUUGAUGCUGACAGCAGGACCCAGUGUUGCCGUCCCUCCCCAGGCACCUUUUGGUUAUGGUUAUACCGCACCACCGUAUGGACAGCCGCAGCCUGGCUUUGGGUACAGCAUGUGAGAUGAAAAGCUGAUCCUGUAGUCACCUAUUUUCGUACUGAAACAUCGUCUUUACCCACUUCUCAGUUUAUAAUGGGGGAAACAGGCAACGUGUUCUUGUAACCUUUAUUUCAUGAAGGACUUCUUUUUGUUUCUAACUAUAAACUUGGAUCACCUAUGUUAAAACCUUAUUUCACAUUCCACAUCAUUUUAGAAUUUAUUUUCGAAGGGGAAUAGUUUCAAUGUUUUAUUCACUUGGGCUUUUUUUCUUCCCCCUCUUUCUUUAAAGAACUGCUCAAUAUUCAAUCUGUUGUGAAGAACCUGAUUUGCACUCUGUAGUGUUUAAAGAAACAAAGAAACUCUAAUAUUGAAUCUCUUAAAUUUAGUGUAUGUAAACAGCUUACAAAUACGUAUUGUCUAAAUGCAUUUAAAUCUGUUUUAUUCAAAGAAAAGCUAAAGCAAAAACACUGGCAUAUGACCAUGCAAGACUGUCAGUGCCAACAAAGACAACACUAAUCAGCACAUCGUACACUGGAUUGCAGUGCUUCCCAGAUUAUUGAAAAAUGUUACAGACAACUUGCCUGAUUUUUAAAUGAGCAUAAAAGGCCCUCUAACCUAUGCAGGUUUCCCCAUUAUGCAUAUAGAAAAUGCUAGUAUGUUUUGCUCACUUCAUAUGUAACAGGUGCCCUUAUGUUGUGCUGUAUCCUGUGCUUUUUCUGUGGGACCAUUCCAUUCAGGAGCAAAGAGCACCAUGAUUCCAAUCUUGUGUGUGUUUACUAACCCUUCCCUGAGGUUUGUGUAUGUUGGAUAUUGUGGUGUUUUAGAUCACUGAGUGUACAGAAGAGAGAAAUUCAAACAAAAUAUUGCUGUUCUUCAGUUUUGUUUGUGGAAUUUGAAAUUACUCAAAUUUAAAAUAAAUUACUGGACUGUGGAAAUAA